GCGCAGGAUGCUGAAGCUGGCCGCGGGCCUGCUGCUGGCGGCCGCCGUGGCGCUGCUGCUGGACUGGUACGCCCCGGCAGCCUCUUCGGCGCCGGCGGGUCUGCGCCGCCAGCGGGCUCCCGGGCCUGCCCCCGGGGCGGAAGCCGCCAACCUGCUGUGGGCGGUGCAGGUAUCAGAUAUACAUAUAAGUAGAUUUCAGGAUCCCUCACGAGCUUCUGACUUGGAAAAAUUCUGUUCUGAAACAAUCAAUAUCAUUCAACCAGCAUUUGUUCUCGCAACAGGUGAUCUGACAGAUGCGAAGACACGAGAUAAAUUGGGAUCUGAGCAGGUAGAAGAAGAGUGGAAAAUUUACCAAUCAGUCCUGAAGCGAUCAAGAGUCAGGGAAAAAACUAAGUGGAUAGACAUCAAAGGAAACCAUGAUUCAUUCAACAUUCCACGCCUGGACAGCAUUCAGAACUACUACAGGAAGUACUCUGCCUGGCAGAAAGAUGGCUCUUUCCAUUAUGUCCACACCACCUCAUUUGGGAGCUAUUCAUUCAUCUGUGUGGAUGCUACACUCAGCCCAGGCCCCAAGAGACCCUAUAAUUUCUUUGGGAUUUUAAAUAAGAAUCAAAUGCAAGAGCUCUCUGUGAUGGCCACAGAAAGUCUCCGCAGCAAUCAUACUGUCUGGUUUGGCCAUUAUCCCACCUCAACAAUCAUAUCCCCUGCCCCAGGGAUACGAGCAUUAAUGAGUUCUGCCACAGCUUAUUUAUGUGGACAUCUCCAUACAAUGGGUGGACUGAUGCCAGCCUUGUAUAGCCAACAUCGUGGUGGCACUCUGGAACUGGAAUUAGGAGACUGGAAGGAUAAUAGGAAGUACCGGAUCCUUGCAUUUGAUCAUGACCUCCUUAGUUUCGUGGAUCUCACCUUUGAAGAAUGGCCAGCAGUUCUCAUCACCAAUCCCAAAUCCACCCUUUACAGCAGUUCUUUUCAUGAACCACUAGUGAAAAUUCUUUACUCCACUCAUAUCAGAAUUCUGGCCUUCUCCCCUGCUGCCAUUACUUCUGUCAAAGUCUAUAUAGAUGGAGUUCACCUAGGGAAUGCUCAUCAGGCAUCUGGCCCUCUCUAUGUGCUGAAGUGGAGCCCACAGAACUAUAGUGAAGGGACCCAUCAAAUAGAUGUGACUGUCCAGGAUGCUUCUGGAAGAAUUAUCACACAGGGUCAUAUAUUUUCUAUGGAAGAAAACCAUCCUCUUAGAUUUGGCUUUUGGCCAUCUGUUAUUCUUCUUACUGACCACUAUGUUCUAGCUCGUACGCUCUUUGGACUGAUUGUGCUGACUCAGAUCGCCUUGCUGGUUGUUUUCAGAUACCUGCAAAAACCAGCACUCAAAGGAAAGCCAGGACUACUGGGUCUGACCUCAUUUUCCCUUCAUGUCUUCAGUAAAAUAAAUGCCUUCUAUUAUUCAGUUCUGGUUCUGAAUUUAUACACUGUUCUGGGGCCAUGGUUUGUAGGCGAACUGAUAGAUGGCCAAGUGGGAGCCUGUUUUUCCUUUGGGGUGUUUGUUGGUGGUUCCUUCUUACGGGGUGGUCUCACAUACGUGGUUGGAAUUUUACAGAUGUUGUUUUUCAAUGUGCCAUUAAUGGCCUAUCUGUGCUGGUGCCUUUUCCUGCGGUGCAAAGGUCACAGUUUCUGUUCUCAUAUCCAUCAUGUCCGACGCCUCUUGGUUGUGCUUAUUCAUCUGGCGAUGGCACUCCUGCUGGCUUGGCAGGUCUAUUCUUGCUAUUUCUUGCAGCGAACCUAUGGGACCUUGGCUUUUGUCCUCUCUCCCAUGAGAACAUGGUUGGUGGCCCUGACCUCAUUUCUGAUUUAUAAAACCUGGACGUUUCAGUCAUCUGAGCUCAGAACUUACAUAGUAGAAAUGAAAAACUGUCAGAGCUUCUGAAAUGCAACACAGCAGUCAAAGUUCUUCAACUUAAGAUGCAACCUACUGUUUUGUGUUGCUGGAAUUCUGUACCGACCAGCCAUGAAGUGGUAAGAUCAGAUGCUGCACCUCCAUCGCUGCAUAGCUGUAGUAAAUGUAUGACAGUAUGUAUUAUAUACAUGUGUUGUAUUAUACAUAUGCAGCAUACUGUAUAAUACAUGUUAUAUAAUACAAUUAUACAUUAAUACAGUGUGCAGUAAAUUGUGUAAUAAUCUCUAGCAUGUUUUUAUGACACAAAGCAGGUAUGUCUGUAUGGAUCACCAGUAGAAAUGUUUACUUGUUACUAUUUUGAAUGGAAAAUAUUUUUAAUUCUUAAAUUCUUGAUUUUUAUAAUGCUGGGAAAAAUGUGAAUAGAUCUGGAUAACAAGCUCCAGGAUUUGUGUGUAACUGCUGCUUAUUUCAAGAUUUGCAUAUAUUUCUAGAGGAUUAGACCAGAUGUUCUUAUAAAUUAAUAUUUAUUACAAAGGUUCUGUAUGGCCUUCAGUGUAAGAGUCUAAUGCUUACACACACUUUUCAGUUCAUAACAGUCUGUAGGAGUUCUUUAUAGGCUGCUGGCUAUUUAAAUAUGUACUUGUGCAUAUGUUCACCUGAGCCAUGGUCCUAAUCUUAUCCUGGGAGCACUAGUUAAUUAAUGUGCUCUUUCUCUGGAAGGAAAUUGUUGUUUUCCACUGUUGUGGUUGCUGAUUUUCCCCACAGUUGACUACUGAAAGGACAGUAAAUAGUUGCCAUUGGAAUUCACAGUUGUAGUCAAAAGUUCAGCUUUAAAGCAAGGAAUGGAUACAACUGUCUCGGGUUGGAAGAUCCAAAAGGAAUCCUGUGGUUUAGUGGCUGCAUCCUCGCUAAUUGAGAGGAGUCAGGGCUGUGUUUCUGGUCUCAGUGCCUGGGAAACUCAUUUCUUUUUUUUUUUUUUGUUCUUCCUUGUCUAAAAAUGAUGGAACAGUUGUAUUUAUGAAGAAUUUAAGAAACGAGAACAAAAAGAGCUGAGUUGUCUUUACUAAUUAUGAAUCUAUUCUGCCCUUCCUCUUAACCCCUCUGGGAGCAUUCUUUUACAAAAAGGCAAAACCUGAAGUCCUUAAUUCUAAUAAUGGUUCUUUGUCAUACCUUAAAGUGAUUGCCAAGCUUCCUGCCUCAGCUUCCCUAUCUUUAAAAUAAGGAGAACACUGGCCUACUUCAUAACACUGUUGUGAGUGGAACGUUUGAAGUAGUUUAUGUAAUUUUACAGUGACUUAUUUAUGGUUUGUCAAGAUAAAGGAGGGAUAACUUAUUUAUGUCACUUUAGAAAAGACAGCAACUGUACUGUAGAAAUAUGAGAAUACAAUAAAUUAGAAGAAAAUGCUACUUAAAACUAAGACUUGUUAUCUCUAAAAUGAGAGCCUUUCUAGUCCUUAAUUCCCAUUCCACUGUGACUGACAAUAUAGCAGGAAAAAGAUAUCAACAGCCCUCAUUUUAGUAAAUUAAAUACCCUGUUAAGAGAAUACUUUUCUUAUCACAAUGUCAUUAGCUGCUAUGUGUUUUGCAAAACUGUUUUAAAAAAAAAAAAUCAGAAAGGCAGGGCUCAACAUUUACUAGUGAGAAACAGUAGUGGAAAUGUAGUGACAAAUAUGGCAUUUUAUAAUGUUGCUAGGAAUGCAAGUACUUUUUAUCAGAGAGUAUAUGAAUAAUAUAUGGCAAUAAAAUGCUUCAUACCUAUAGCCUGUGGGAAGAACUUUUUCCUGAAAGAAGAUGGACCUUUCUUGUCUGUCAUCUGCCACCCCAUUGUCUUACACGAUAAUCAACUAUACUUCUUGGUUCUGUUGGAUGUUUGGUAGAUAGAUGGAAUUAUUUUAAGAACUUGUUCGUACUAGUCUUAGUGUGGCAAGGAAAGGUGUUUUAUUUUCAAAUGUGUUGUCCCUGGCCCUGAGGACCUCCCUAAGAGGGACACGCUUUUGACACGUGGUUGAUGUGUGUGUUACAUAUGUAUGUGGAACUUGCAUAUACAUCUUAAGUGUGAGAUGAGCGGGGCUACCCUUCUGUCCUGAUCUCAAUGAAAAGCGUGGUAUAGAAACUGAGAAUUCUACCCUAUGUAGGAAAGACCUGUUCUAGGGUAUAUCUGUUGCAGUUCUUUGUUGCUUCAUAGAAAAGCAAAACUGACCUUGUCUCACAUUAAUUCAGAUUUCUUUCCUUAAUCUCCUUUCUAAUAUUCUGGAACUUCAGCAGUAAAAUGUUAACUUUGCUAGUUCAGCUAUACAACUUAACGUGGGAAAACUCUAUUAUACCAAUAUUUGCUUGAAAAUCUUUUUAUAUUGUUUAUCUCAGCAGAAUGGAAGUUCUCAAAAGCACAUAGGGAGAUAGCUUCUAAUUUAGCUGUCCUUACAUGUAUAAGCACAGGUUGCCCAAUUUAAGUGCAGAUAACAAAAAUCACCACGUAUGUGAGUUUUCCUUUGCAAUGAAAUGUGUGUAUAUAGGUUGCAUGAAAUAUAGCCAGUCUCUGGGAAGAUAGCACCAGUUGCUUAAGGGAACUGAUAAUAACUGGAUGAAGCUCAGACAAAUAUGCAGGUGCUAUUACAAUAAAUCUGGAAGCCACCCUGUAGAAAUAUGCCUUUUCUCCUCUGUUGCUCUGUGAUGCCCAAAAGAUGCAAAUCAACAUAAUGGACUAAAGUAAAAUGUUCCAGUGAUAGCAGGAUCUGUGUUGACCUAAUUAAUUGCCUAGUUUGGGUCCUCUUUCAAAAUUAAGCUCUUCUACUCACUAACAGGAUGCGUUCCUCUUAUAUCAAUUUGCAUUAUUUUAAGAAAGAUAUCAUAGUGUUGCAUGGUUUUUCCAGUUCAGGGAUGAGUUAAGCCUGGAAAGAUUUUGUUUAUCUUUCUUUCUUAAAGUUUAUAAAUAAAACAACUUUGGCAUUUAUUAAUUCUAGCAUGUGGUUCUUAAAAUAAUGUUAUGUGGCUGUUGGGGGUAACCAUAGGAACCUAAACAUCUUCUGAAGCCAAGAGUAUCCUUUCUAAGCUGUUCAGUAAGAGGACAUGACAUGAAGUAAGCAAAGCAAGUAGCUGAUCAUGGAAUCAGACUGCUGAAAUACACUGCAUAUUGCCAGCAGACAUCAGUAACAUCUGUGAAAAAUCAGCCUUUCAUUAUAUAAAUGCUUCUUUUAAAGUACUUCGCAUGUUUGGAUGGUUCUGUUGUGUUUCUGGUUUCCCUUUUUAGUCUGCAUAGUGAGAAUGACUUAAAAUACUUGAUUCUUAUUUGAAACUGGAAAUGAAUUUUCUUUUGCAAAGAAAAGUUCUGAUGAUGCUUUCAAAUACUUUUUUGUUAUUAAAGCUUAAGUUUUUGUUAAGCUUUAAAAAAGCAUCUGUAACUUUCUCUUUGUGAGAUCGUUGGCUAACUAAAGAGAAUUUUUCUUUGUGCUUUUCUCACACUUUCUGUGGCAUACUGAAAAAGACAAGGGGAGAAAAAAACUCUUACCACCAUUUCACCUACAGUGAGUGCUGUACCUAACUCAGUGUAACUAUCUAACAUAUCUUUCUAGUUGCAAAAUUGUGCAACUAAGAGUGACUAAAUAGUUGACUCAUUUUCCUUUGUGCUUUUUCCUGAAAUUUUCAGUUGUGUGUCACAAGUUAUUCUCUAGGUCUGGAGUUUAUUCCAGCUCUUGUUACCCUUGCAGGAUAAUCCUUCUGCCUAUGAACUUUUAUCCCUGGCAGUCUGUUUAUGGACUGCAUAAACAUUUCCCACUUUCUUGCUGCAAUACAGGAAAGCAGUAUAAGACAAAAAAAAGUCCUGCAUCUGCUGCUACUGUCAAUGCAUUAAAAAGAAAAAAGCUGUGAAGCUACUUGAAAGAUGUCUGCCUUCUCUCUCUGCUUUGGCUGAAGUUGCUGCUAUGAACUGCAACAGGAACCACCCUAUAUGGGGGCUGGUAAGCUCUUUUUCCGGGUAUUUGAUAUUUUCCAUUAAAUCCUUGCACUAAACCACAUGACCUAGCACUAAUCUAUAGCCAACAGUAACUUUUCACAGUGCAUAAGGAAAAGAGGUGAAAAUGGGAGUGCAUAAAACAGGUAAAACAUAAAAAGUUUAAAAUGGGCUCAAACUUUUUUCAGUGCUAUCUGUCUGAUGCUGUUUACACGUUACUAGUUGCAACAUGAAAUGCUUACUGAUAAAGACUGCAUAUCCAAACUUCCAGUACCUUCUUAUGGUCACAGACUAUACGCUACUCUGCAUUGAUGUCUGCCCUUGCUUAAGAUCAUCUGAACUACCAGGCACUGCCUCUGUAUGGUAAGGCUUCGUGCACGGGUCCUCUGCAGUCAGUGGUGGUGCUACAUCCAGAAUGGCCUGGAUUUUCCUUAGCAGUUAUGUUACCUUCUGUUAAAUGAGACCUCCCCAACAGUACAAAAUGUAUGAUUGCCUAAGAGUAACACUAUUACAAUAAGAAAUUAAGACAAGGUUGCAAAAAAAAAAUUAAUAUUUUUUUAUUAACAAAUAUAGGCACUUCAUUUAAAAGAUUUUCUUCCUUUGAUUUUUAUUUAUUCUGGAG